AUGGCCACAAACGAGAAGGACGGCAAGUCGCCGCUCGACGUCACGUCGGUGCCGUCGCACGAGGAGGCGACCAUCAGCACGCCCCCGAACGAGAAGGACCGCGCGCCGAUCAACCCGCUGCUCGAGCAGUAUCUCAACAUGAACCCAGCUGAGAAGGCUGCGUUCGACAAGAAGCUCCUCCGCAGGAUCGACUGGCACCUUAUCCCGUGGAUGACUAUCCUCUACCUCAUGUCCUUCCUCGACCGUGUCAACAUCGGUACCGCCAAGCUCUGGAUCUUCUUCGUCUCCUAUGUCGCCUUCGAGAUCCCCUCCAACCUCGUCCUCAAGAAGCUCCGACCAUCGCGCUACAUUCCCGCGACGGUCAUCAUCUGGUCGCUCUUCCAAAUCUUCAUGGGCCUCGUCACCAACUAUGGCCAGCUCGUCGCGCUCCGCUUCUGCCUCGGUGCCGCCGAGGCAGGACUCUUCCCCGGCCUCAACUUCUACCUUAACGGCUGGUACCGUCGCGAGGAGCUCGCCAAGCGUACUUCCAUCUUCUUCGGUGGCGCCGUCCUCGCCGGUGCCUUUGGCGGUAUCUUUGGCUGGGCGCUCGGCCACAUGGAGGGUAUUGGCGGCAAGGCCGGCUGGGCUUGGAUCUUCAUUAUCGAGGGCUUAAUCACUUUCGUGUGCGGUGUUCUAAGCUUCUGGCUCAUCUACGACUGGCCUGACCGCGCGCGCUUCCUCACCGACAUGGAGCGCGAGGUGGUUCACUACCGCCUCAAGGCCGACUCUGGUCUCGGCACCCAGGGCAAGUUCUCGUGGAAGACGAUCCGCCGCGGCUUCACCGACUGGAAGACGUGGGUCUUCAUGCUCAACUACCUUGGCCCGGCGCAGUGCAUCUACUCCCAGUCCAUGUUCGCGCCGUCCAUUGUCGCGUCGCUCGGCACCUGGACCCGCCCCCAGUCGCUGCUGCUGUCCGUUCCGCCGUACAUCAUUGCGUUCGGCACAACGCUCGGCACGGCGUGGCUGUCCGACAAGUGGCUCAAGCGCGGCAUCUUCAACAUGUUCUGGGGCACGCUCGCCGUCGUCGGCUACGUUAUUCUGAUGGUCACGCACAACGCUGGGGCCAAGUACUUUGCCGUCUUCUUCACGACGCUCGCCAUCGCGCCCAUGAUCUCCAACACGAUCGUGUGGACCGGCAACAACUUUGGCUCGCACUACAAGAAGGCCGUCGCGAUGGGCAUGGUCUUCUCGGCCGGCAACUCGGGUGGUAUCUGGGCUGCGUUGGCGUACCGCUCCAAGGACGCCAAGCCGACCAACGGCCAGGUGCCCUACCUCCCCGGCCACGCCACUGCGAUGGCUUUCGCCGCUGCCAACGUCAUCACCUCGGUCAUUCUUUGGUUCUUCAUGCGCCGUGAGAACCAGCGUCGCGAGCGCGAGUACGGCCCUGCCCCUGGCCCCGACGAGCAGCACAACAUCGACGACCCGGCAUACCGCGCCAAGUGGGGUCUCGAGGGCAUGAGCCGCGACGACAUCCUCAACCUCGGCGACGACCACCCGGCGUUCCGCUUUAUUCUGUAG